AUUGUUCUGCCAGUCGCCAUUCUUAUUGCCAACAUGUUCACUACAUUUGUUUUCUGGAUUCAUCGCAAGAAGCUGAAACGAACAUUUUUACUUGCUAUUAACUUGGCAUUUGCCGAUCUUUUUGUUGGAUUCACUGGAAUACUGACCGUGAUUUGGGUAUUUGCCUUUCCGCGACAUACAAGUUUCAACAAAAUCAUUUGCUAUACUUUCUAUGCUAUAUCAUUGAUACUUCACUCCACCUUUUCAUGUUUAUCCGUGUAUUUUCUUGUACUCAUUUCUCUGGAACGAGCCUUCGCUUUGAUUUGGCCGCUCCGACAUCGAGUAGCAAGCAUCAAGGUUUACAUCUACAGUGUGGUUAUCGUAUGGUUAGCUGGGGCUACUCAAGGUGCAUUGGGCUUUUUAGUCCUAUAUCAUGCCAUCAAAAUUGAGUAUAGUGAAGUCAGUGGUGGAGUUAUGAUUUAUUUCUCAGUGGCAACGAUCUGCGUCUCUUAUCUCUCAAUCCGGAAAAGACUCAACAACAGAAAUCGCGACAUCAGUAUAGCCCAAAACAGACAAUGUGUGGAACAAAACAUUAAACUUUCCAAGACCUUCUUUGCUGUUAUCAUUGCGUCGAUUGUACUUUGGGCUCCAAGUAUGUCAUUUUACAUUGUCAGUCGUUUUCAUCCAAACCUUUUUGCUGGCUUUUCAAAAUACAUUUUCGUAAUGUUAAAUCAGUCCAAUUCUCUUGUCAACCCAAUAAUAUAUAGUUUUAGAAUGCCGAUAUUUAGGAAAACUCUAGGACAACUGAAAAAUAGGAUAAAACUCCAGAGGCCUUCCAGAAGGUACACAGUUAACGGAGAAGCCUGA